CACAAGCUUAGGCAUUUAAUCCAUAAUAAGAAUAUGGACCCUCUAUUAGUAUUUUGCACUAAAGAAAAAAAGGCAAAUUUGGAUUUCUGCUAAUAUCCUGAGCUUGAAAAUCCCUUCCAUCUAAUUUCCUUGCAUCCAGUAUGUUUGAAUUUAGAAUGCCAGUUUUAUUUCCCUGCUCUUGGUUCUGUUGGUGAAAAAAGGGGAGAGGAGAUGCCAAUAUUUUUAUGAGCUGUCAAUUUCCGUAUCUGACCUGCUAGCAUCAAAAAGGUGAUAGCAACAAUUACAGAAUAUUACCAAUUCUAAAUUGAAAGAAUGCUGACUCAAAAUCAGACGGUCUAUCUUCCAAUCUCGUAUUUGUUAUUAACCACCUGAGUGGCAAAAAUUACUGAAACUUUCUGGAUACCAGUUUACUUAUUUGUAAAAGAAGGAUCUUGAAGAUUUUUCUAUCCAUGUGAAUGAAUUAUAGCUCCCCUUAUUACAAACAUCACUUUACUGAGAAGGCCUAAGGCAAAAAUAAACUUUGCCAGAAAUGUAGGCAAAUUAUGGAAGAAUAUGUCAAAGUACGGAAAAGACACAUUUAAACAGUAAAUUCAAGUUUGUAUCUUUGUACUUAUUUACUAAGUUUUAUGGUAACCGAGAAUUCAGGAUAAAUUUGACUGCAGUACUUUUUCUUAUGUUUAUUUUUUCUGGAAGCAUCCAAAAGUUAAGCCGGCUACAGGACCUCUGGUUUACAAUUCAUUUCCUUGAAAGAAAAGAAGAAAUAAACACAAUUCUAUAAAGUCUGUGAAUUAAAACUUUGAACCUGCAGAUGGUGCUAUGAUUCCAUUUUCAAAUUGUUUUGCUUUCUAGUUUAAAUUCAUAAGAGAAAAUGCAGUUGUUUGGUUGAGUUUACUUUUAUUCAGAGGUAAUAAAAUUGAAUUAUUUCUUUUUAUUUUAGUUUAUUAUUAUUAUAAUAGAAGCAUUUGUCUUUUGUAUUGGGAAAAGCUGCUAUAGUUACUCUUUGUAAAUGCUAAGUGCUUGCCUAGGCCAAAUAAUGAUCAGCUUUACAUCUCUUAUGUUUAAAAUUUUUCUUCUUAUCAUUCAGCAGUCAUUUGUCUGUGACCCUCAAUUAAGUUGCUUUGCUGUUUCUGCUCUUAAAUAAAAUUGGUUCACUAAGAAUUGGGUGAUGAAGAGCUAAGGAUAAAAAAAUUCCAUAUGAGAACUGUUUCAACCUCUAGUUUGUAAUAAUCAGGUAAAAAAGAUUUCCUGGAAUUAAGCCACAGGAACUCUGGCUUAAGUCAGAGCUGUCAACUGGGAAACAAAUUUCCAGACAUUUUGAAACUUAAUUCAUUUAAUUUUUCUGGUAACUGGAUUAGAAAAUAUGAUUAAGCAUAGCAGGAUAUUCUUUUACUGGAUCAGUCUGACUUUGAACGAAGGAAAUAGAUACUAAAAUCUUAAAGUAGAAGAAAGAGGACUGUAAAGCCAUUCUUUCUUAUGAAACUUAGAAACAAAAUGUAAAAAUAAUACGCACGGCAGAAAGUCUUUAAAAUAAAAGGAAAAAUGGCAUUUUCCUCUGUUGUUUAGGAAAUUUUUCAUGUGGCUGCAUUUUUACCUUAAACUCUGAUUGAAUGUGUGCUAGACUACCUUUAGUUACAAAUCCACAAAUAGAAGUGAAGUAUUUAUCAAAGUACUAUAUAAAUGCUUUUCAACUAUUUGAAGCCACCUGUCAAGUGAUUGAAUCAGAAAUGUUCAAAACUGGUUUGAGUAUAUGUGUGUGUUGGGGAUGAGGGUAGAAAACUAAUUCUACAUUAUGCAAAGACUUAUAAAAGUGAUGAGGAAAAUCUUUAAAAAGAAAAGACAAUUAAAUUCCUUGAGGUAUAUAGUCUGACAACAAUUUAUUUUUUGGAUCAUUUGACACAGUGUAUGUAAAAGUGCAUUGGGAAUUGUGCCAUUUUAUACAAAUAUGAAAUAGCACUACUUGUACUGCUUUGUACAACAGCGUGCAUAUCUUACUAUCUUAGAGACUUUCUGAAACACUUAUCUUGGAAUUAGUUUCAACAAAAACAAAAUGUAAUAAUAGGAAGGUGAAAAUUAUCUCGAGCUUUUAAAGUUAGGAUAGAUUUCAAGAAAGAUUAAAUCUGGAACUAUAUGAAUAGCAUAAAAAUUAAAAAUAUUAAGAGAAUUGAUACUUUGUAAUAAAGUAUAAUUAUACAUUUAUAAGCAUAAUGAACAUAAGUGUUUGUUGCUUUAUGCAUUUGUUUCUACACAUGAAGUCUUUAUUUUCUGAAGGAAUCCCAAUGGCCCUGGCUAUAACACUACAAUCAUUUUCUUAUUUUACAAUUAAUUAAAGGUUAAAACAUUUCACAUUGAGCUUGCUACUUUGUUUGUUUAAAGAAAAGUAAAUUUCCUCUUAUCUUACAUUUUGAAGUUGCUCACUAUAAACUUAUAUAAAUUAGACAUAAUGACAAUUAAGUAAGAACUUCAAGCCCUAUUCAUCCCAUGGCCGUCAUACUGUGACGUCUUUCAGAGCACUUUGUGAUUGCUCAGUCCUAAGUAUAAGCCCUAUAAAAUGAUGGGCUUUGAAAUGCUGGUCAGGGUAGAGUGAGAAGCACCAGCAGGCAGUAACAGCCAACCCUUAGCCAUUGCUAAGGGCAGAGAACUGGUGGAGCCUUUCUCUUACUCCCAGGACUUCAGCACCUAAGACAGCUCCAAAACAAACCAGAACAGUCAGCUCCGGGGGAGCACGACUGGGCGAGAGGCACAGAAAUGGACACCAGAAAUAAGGCCCAGCUCCUUGUGCUCCUGACUCUUCUCAGUGUGCUCUUCUCGCAGACGUCGGCAUGGCCUCUUUACAGGGCACCUUCUGCUCUCAGGUUGGGUGACAGAAUACCCUUUGAGGGAGCAAAUGAACCUGAUCAAGUUUCAUUAAAAGAAGACAUUGACAUGUUGCAAAAUGCAUUAGCUGAAAAUGACACACCCUAUUAUGAUGUAUCCAGAAAUGCCAGGCAUGCUGAUGGAGUUUUCACCAGUGACUUCAGUAAACUCUUGGGUCAACUUUCUGCCAAAAAGUACCUUGAGUCUCUUAUGGGAAAACGUGUUAGUAACAUCUCAGAAGACCCUGUACCAGUCAAACGUCACUCAGAUGCAGUCUUCACCGACAACUAUACCCGCCUUAGAAAACAAAUGGCUGUAAAGAAAUAUUUGAACUCAAUUCUGAAUGGAAAGAGGAGCAGUGAGGGAGAAUCUCCCGACUUUCCAGAAGAGUUAGAAAAAUGAUGAAAAAGCCCUUUGGAGCAAAGCACAACUUCCCAGUGAAUUCUUGAAGGAAAACGAUACGCAACAUAAUUAAAUUUUGAGUUCUACAUAAGUAAUUCAAGAAAACAACUUCAAUAUCCAAACCAAAUAAAAAUAUUGUGUUGUGAAUGUUGUGAUGUAUUCUAGCUAAUGUAAUAACUGUGAUGUUUACAUUGUAAAUAGUAUUUGAGAGUUCUAAAUUUUGUCUUUAACUCAUAAAAAGCCUGCAAUUUCAUAUGCUGUAUAUCCUUUCUAACAAAAAAAUAUAUUUAAUGAUAAGUAAAUGCUAGGUUAAUUCCAAUUAUAUGAGACGUUUUUGGAAGAGUAGUAAUAGAGCAAAAUUGAUGUGUUUAUUUAUAGAGUGUACUUAACUAUUCAGGAGAGUAGAACAGAUAAUCAGUGUGUCUAAAUUUGAAUGUUAAGCAGAUGGAAUGCUGUGUUAAAUAAACCUCAAAAUGUCUAAGAUAGUAACAAUGAAGAUAAAAAGACAUUCUUCCAAAAAGAUUUUCAGAAAAUAUUAUGUGUUUCCAUAUUUUAUAGGCAACCUUUAUUUUUAAUGGUGUUUUAAAAAAUCUCAAAUUUGGAUUGCUAAUCACCAAAGGCUCUCUCCUGAUAGUCUUUCAGUUAAGGAGAACGACCCCUGCUUCUGACACUGAAACUUCCCUUUCUGCUUGUGUUAAGUAUGUGUAAAAUGUGAAGUGAAUGAAACACUCAGUUGUUCAAUAAUAAAUAUUUUUGCCAUAAUGACUCAGAA